CACUAGAGGAUAGAGAUGGUUUCACUACAACCGUGUGAUUUUCUUCGUUAUACUCCACUGUAUGCUGAGAAACUCGACACGUCCUUGACCACCAUAGGUGAUUCCAAGGAAAGCUUUUUUCUUGGCUCUUCAGAAGGCGUUCGCGGUCAGUGUUACCCAAAUCAAUGGCCUUCUGAAAAUCUCUUGCCAUCAUGGAGGCAAACCAUGGAAUGUUACUACAAGAAUGUAAUGUCCGUGGGUAGAAAGUUGCUCGGCUUGGUUGCCUUGGCAUUAGAUUUAGAUGAGGACUUCUUCAUUAAAAUUGGAGCCUUGAAUGAUCCUGCAGCAGUUGUUCGGCUCAUACGCUAUCCAGGUGAAGUGAUUUCAUCGGAUGUAGAAACAUAUGGUGCCUCAGCUCACUCAGAUUAUGGAACGGUCACUCUUCUUUUGACUGAUGAAGUUCCAGGACUUCAGGUUUGUAGAGACAAAUCGAAACAACCACGCACUUGGGAAGAUGUUCCUAGACUCGGAGGGGCGUUUAUCGUCAACAUUGGUGAUUUGAUGGAGAGAUGGACCAACGGAUUGUUCCGGUCUACGUUGCACAGAGUGAUGCCGGUGGGAAAAGAGCGCUACUCGGUGGCGUUCUUCUUAGUUCCCAAUCCAGAUUGUAAUGUAGAAUGCUUGAAGACUUGUUGCAGCGAAACUUCUCCUGCAAGAUUCCCGCCUAUACUCGCCGGCGACUAUAUUAAGGAGCGUUUCAGGAUAACCUACGCCACUUAGUCCUAGUGUCUUUUAUGAUUAUAUUAUGUGAUGUAAUAAACUUCUACCUUAUGCAUGAAAUAUGGUAUAAAAAUACAAAUAUGUUCUAGAAAAA